AUGAACAUGAACAAAGAAAAAAAGAAUAAAAAGAGAUCCAUAGGAAAAAAUGGUGAGAGAAAAGAGGAGAGAAAAUUUGUGCGUUACCGUGCCGACCUUGUUCCGGUGCCCGAUUUCAAUGGACGUGAUGAAAUCUCCGGUGAGUCUAUGCACUGGCGUCACAUACGAUCGCAGCUCCAUUGAAAAGUGGCUUUCUCUAGGACACAACACCUGCCCCGCCACCAUGCAAACCCUGCUCUCCACGCACACCACCCCCAACCUCACCCUUCGCCGCCUCAUUCACCAUUGGCUCUUGCAUCCUGACAUGUCUCCCUCGCCACCUCUGCCGCUCCCGCCGGCGACUUCCAAACGACAAGUUAGGGAAAUCAUCAACGGUUCAGUAAGCUGCGAUUCUCUAUCGAAAAUUGUUGAUUUUAUGAAGGCUUCAGAGGAGAAUUUGAAGUUUAUUGCGUUUUCCGAUGAUGCCGUUUCUAAAUUUGUUGAAUUUUUCGGAAAUUGUAAAGAAAUUGAGGUUUGUGAACUGAUUGUUGAACUUCUGGAUUUGAUUUUAUCGGAAAAUGGAGCGAAAGAGAAAUUGAAUAGCUUGAUUUUGAAGAGCAAUAAAGAUAGUUUAUCGUCAUUCCUUUUGGUGCUACGGGAAGGAAGCGUGAAAUCGAAGAUUAAAUCGGCGAGGAUUUUGGAAUUAAUCGCUCUUAAUUCCGAGUCUCAACGUAAGAUCGCAGAAAAUGGAGGGAUAUUGUACGAACUGUAUAGUUUGAUCGCCGUGGAAAAAGACCGGCUUGCAAUCCAAGCCGGUUUGUCAGCUUUAUUAGCUAUUUCAACUUCGAGACCGGUUCGGAAGGAGUUAAUCCUGUUCGGGAUCGUAAAAACAGUUGGGGAAAUUCUCUCCAAUACGAAUACAGUUCGUGCAGUUAUUGAGAAGGCUCUAGGAAUCCUGGAAAUGGUUGCCACGUGUACGGAGGGGAGGGAGGCGAUUAGUGAAGACGAGAAAUGUGUGGUAGAGAUCGUAAGGAGGCUGAUGAAAUGCUCCAAUGUAGCGACGGAGCACGGUAUUACGGUGAUCUGGAGCGUGUGCUACUUGGCCCGUGAUCGGACAGCUCAGGAGAAGGUAAUGAAAGUCAAUGGAUUGACAAAGGUACUACUGGUAAUGCAGAGUGAUUGCUCAGUGAGUACAAGACAGAUGUGCAGGGAACUAGUCAAAGUUUUGAGGGUGAAGAAUUCGAAGUCUUGUUUGGCAAGUUAUGAGACUAAGACAACUCACAUUAUGCCUUACUGAAUUAACUAACAAUUUUCUGAAUUAUUUUUCAAUUUUUUGGAGACAUGGUUGGGUUAGGUAGCCAAAGACCUAAUGUUGUAAAUCAAAAGGGAACACGAAUUUUGACAUGGAAGACACACAUACAAAUGAAAAUUUUCAUUUUCUCAACAUUAUUAUUGAAUUU